AUGGUUUUCUCGUUGUUUGACAAUUCACAUGACGAGGAUAUGGGGAUCAAUCUAAAGAUCGAUUUGGAAGAAAUCGGAAAUGAUGGUAUUUUAUUUCUUAGGGGAAAGCAUGAUAGGGCAUCACCAAUAUUUCUUUCUGGCAAAUUAAGGUUAUCUAAUUGCAAGAAAAUACAUUGCCGCAAAAUUUAUAUAAGGUUAAUGGGCAAAAUAAGAUUGAAUGUUCCUAUCCCAGCAAAAAAAAUCUACAGAACACGUGAAGUAGAAUUCAUAAAGUUAGAAUCAUAUUUUUAUCAGCAUUGCUGGGAUGAAAUUGAAAAUUUUGGAUUACUUAAGUGUAGUAAUCCUAUAAGUAGUAAUGAGAUGGCAAAUGAGGUUUUUAAUAAAACCCCAAAUUUUUUCAAAAGUCUCUUUUCUGAUAUAAAUGAACGAUAUAAGCAUCCCAAACGGAAUAUACUAAUAUUUGACCCCGGUGAGCAUAUAUUAUCUUUUAGCGCAGUUUUGCCGGGAGACUUACCAGAAAGUGUUCAUAAUCACCCUAAUGUGUUUGUAGCAUACCAAUUAUGUGCAACUAUACAGCAAUGUAAAGGACUUCCUGAUUUAUCAGCAACAAAACAACUCAUGUUUAUUAGAACUAUAAGUGUGGACAUGUUGGAUUUCCAAAAUUCGGAAUUUGUAGAAAUAAAGUCAAAAAAUAAGAUGUCUAUACAUGUGGAACUUCCAUGGAAAAUCGCCGCCAUUGGCUCUAAAUUAGACAUUUCCUGCACAGUAAAGUCUAAAAAUAAUGAUAUCAAAAUAACGAAUGUCAUUAUCAAAUUAAUUGAGUAUUCUAAAUAUCAACAUAAGAAUAAAGUAGUUAACAAAAGAAGAAAAAUCAAUGAUAUAAAAGUUUCAGACCCACAUUUCUUUUCAAAAUUCACUACAGAUUCAACUAAACAAAGGAUUAAUCAUUUCAAAUGUUUUUCUUUCCCCAUACCCAAUAAUUUAAGUCAACUGACACAAGAUUGCUCAAUUAUGGAGAAAUUAACGAUUUUACAUGAAUUAGAGAUGAAUGUAAAAGUCCUUUUACCUAAUCACAAGAUUUGCCAGUUUGAAUUACACCUACCAGUUUAUCUUUAUAUCUCUUCUUUUAUUCCAGUAAAUAUGGUCCAAAGAAAUUAUUUUAAAGAACCUAGUCUACACUUUUCAGAGCCAUCUCUUGAGUCAGAUGGGCCAUUACCUUGUGAUAGUAGUACUUUAACAAAUUAUUAUUCUAAAAAUAAUAACAACAUAGAUAUAUCAAAUUUUCAUAUAUUAAUGAAAGAUCUUUUUCCAUCUUCAUACGAGAAUCAUAUUUAUGAUGCAAAAGUAGAAAUAUAUGAUCAUAUAAAUAUGCCCAGUGUUAAUUAUAUUAAUAAUAGUUCUAUAAUAAUGUGUGAUUCUUCAAAUAUCACUAAAUUAAAUAGUUUGUAUGAUGUAAAAUACCCACCCCCUCAUUAUGAGGUAUCAAAUAGUCAAGCUAGAAAUGAGAGAGAAUCACUCACGGAGGACUAUUCAGUAGAUUUGAUUGAUAUGAGAAUUGAUUAUUUGAAAACUUCUAGAGAAAAUAUUAUAUCAGAAUCCAUUUUGUAA